AUGUCGAAGACUGGCGUUGGGCGAAGACAACAUGCGUGGAAACUACUAGCAGUGACUGUUAUACUCAUGGCAUUAAUUACGUUUUCUUUAAACUUUAUGGAUAUAUAUUCUAGCACCACCGUGCCUAUUAUCGAAGACAUUCCACCACCUCAACCGUUUGACAACGUCAAAUUAGCACCAUCUCCCUUCCUCGCGGAGUAUGCACCUACCACAUGUGACACUUCACUGCACAAUAGCUUUCCCAGAUAUCGCACCUUCCGCCUCAGAGGUCCCCGCAAUCGUGAAGUAUUAAUCUUCCGCUGGCUUCACUAUGCCUUUACUACCCAAAAAGAAUUAUCCUGGCCAGAUGCUGCACGCGAUCUCUGUCCCUAUCCACCUGAGCUUGCACCAUCUUUCCAGCGGAUCUUUGGUAAAUUUGCUCCUUCCCCGUACUCUGAUAUAACUAUAUGGCCUGCUGGAUAUGCACCAUGCUUUUUCUGGACUCAUCAUGGGUCUGGAGAGCAAGGCACUUGUGAGGGAGGCACGAGUUGGAGAAUAACGAUGAACUUUACUCUGUGGCGUGAAGCAGACGUGAUGCUAGUAGACUUUCCAUAUCUCCUCCGAGAGGAUUACCCACCAUACUAUGACCUUGCACGCUUUCCGCCAAAAAACACAAACCAAGUUUGGUGGUUAAAACUCAUAGACGAGGGUCUAGCAUACGAGUGGUAUGCCGGACUCAGAGGUUUCCGCGAAUUGUUUGAAAUGACCAUGGGCCCUCCUGCACGGGUUUUUGACAUAUUCCAACCGACUUUUGGGAUUGCUCGAGACCGUAUGCCUGCGUUUUAUAAUACUGUUGUGCCCUUUGAGAAGAAAAAAUCAGACGUUUUGGUUGCAUGGAUGAGUGGAAACUGCUAUCCCAAGAACAAUCGAAACGAAUUCGUCGCCGACCUUAUGAAGUAUACCUCCGUCGAUUCGUACGGCAGCUGUCACCACACCAAAGAUGUACCUGAAUAUGUUCUCGAAAAGUACGGAGUUAAGCCUGAGGGCAAUGCGACGGCACAUUGGCAAGCCAACAUGUUUGAAGUCAAGCGGGAUACGCUGUCACCCUAUAAAUUUAUAUUGGCACUUGAAAAUUCCAACUGUAUGGGCUAUGUCACGGAGAAAGUCUAUGAUCCGAUACUAAUCGACGCCAUCCCCAUUUACAUGGGCGCGCCGGACAUUGAUGCUUACGUUCCCCCGCAUUCAAUUAUAAAAGUGACGGACUUUAAGACGGUCAAAGAGGUUGCAGAUUAUAUAGAAAAGGUGGCAAAUAACAAGACUUUAUAUGAGAGUUAUUUCGAGUGGAAAAAAGAUAAGACUUAUAAUAGCUUCUGUGAAAAGUGUUGGAAGGGUGAUAAAUCGUACAUGUGUAAAUUCUUGGAAAGAGCUGAGUGGGUUGAUGAGUCUUAG